AUGUCUGAUACGGCUGAAAUGGUGGAUGAGUUCAAGCCCGAGUUCGAGAAGGAGCCAUCUUGCUCGAAGUCGGUGAAUGAGACGGUGAAUGGGUCGCACCAGUUCACCAUAAAGGGGUAUUCUUUGGCGAAAGGUAUGGGGUCCGGAAAGUGCAUUUCCAGUGAUAUUUUCACGGUGGGUGGCUAUGAUUGGGCGAUUUACUUUUACCCGGAUGGCAAAAACCCUGAGGAUAGCUCCAUGUACGUUUCGGUGUUCAUUGCCUUGGCCAGUGAUGGUACAGAUGUUAGGGCGUUGUUUGAGUUGACGUUGUUAGAUCAGAGUGGGAAAGGGAAGCAUAAGGUGCAUAGCCACUUUGAUCGUGCGCUGGAGAGCGGGCCAUAUACUUUGAAGUACAAGGGGAGCAUGUGGGGUUAUAAGCGUUUCUUCAGGAGAACAAGUCUAGAAACUUCAGAUUAUAUAAAGAAUGAUUGCCUCAUCAUGAACUGCACCGUUGGCGUUGUAAGAACUCGUCUUGAAGGACCCAAGCAGUAUUCUGUUAAUGUUCCCCACUCCAGCAUGGGUCAGGGCCUUAAGGAAAUCCUGGAAGCUGAAGUUGGUUGUGACAUUGUGUUCCGUGUUGGUGAUGAAUCAUUUAGAGCUCAUAAGUUGAUCCUUGCUGCACGAUCACCAGUUUUUAGAGCUCAGUUCUUUGGACUAGUAGGGGAUCGUAACUUGGAUGAGGUUACAGUGAAUGAUAUUGAUCCCACGAUCUUCAAGGCAAUGCUCCUGUUCAUUUACACAGACAAACUUCCUGAAGUGCAUGAUGUUAUGGACUCUUCUUCAUCCACGGGCACAUCUACCAACAUGAUACAGCACUUGUUAGCUGCUGCCGACCUGUACAACUUAGAUCGUUUGAAAGUCCUAUGUGAAUCAAAGCUAUGCGAGGAGCUCACGGCUGUAUCAGUGGCCACAACACUGGCAUUGGCCGAGCAGCAUCAGUGUGCGCAACUCAAAGCUGUCUGUUUGAAAUUCGCGGCCAAUCCAGCAAACUUGGGAGUGGUGACGCAAUCAGAAGGUUUCAGACAUUUGGAGCAGAGUUGCCCGGCAUUAGUGUGUGAAUUGUUGAAGACACUUGCCUCAGCUGAUGAGGACUCAAGCAUGCUUCCUAGCAGGAAGAGAGGAGGGAGCAGCAUAUUCGGCUUAGAUAUUGCAGCAGCGGGGGAAGCAGCAGAUGAUGGGGGUAUGGCAGAAUCUAGUAAUCCGAACAUGAGGCGUGUGAGGAGACGGUACUAG